UUCCGGUAGACCGGAAGUUCCGGGAUUUUUCGGAUCCUGUUACGGUUUGCUUGUAAAGUUCCUGUUUCGGUCAAAAUUUCAGUUCCAGUUCCGGCCAGAUUUGCGGUUCUGGUGAAACACUAGUAUGUGUCCAUAACUAUUUUUAAUCGGUUCACUUUCUUCUUAUCAGGCCCGUAGCCAGGAUUUUUUUCGGGGGACCCAGCCCUUCCCCAAUUUUUUUCCUUUUCCCCAUUUCGGGGUAGGGGGGAGGGGAAUUUAACCUUUAUGUGACAAAUUUUUUCAUUUAUUUUACUUUUAAAAUGUUUACAGUUCUACCUAUUUUUCAGAAAAAAAAUGUUCAAAACUUUAAUAUUCUUUCUUCUAUUGAGUUCCACAAUUGCGGACAGAAUUCUUUUGCUGGUAGACAAUUCGGAAAUUGUUAAAACUCAUUCUGAGUUCAUCAAAUCAAUCGAAGGAAGAGGACAUACAAUUAAAACAAGUCAGGCAGAUAGCUCCGAUUUGGCUUUGAUUAAAUUUGGAGAAUUGUUGUUUGAACAUUUGAUUAUACUUGCUCCUUCUGUUGAUGAAUUUGGAGGGGCCAUAAGCGUUUCUGAAAUUUCAAACUUUAUCGACAAAGGCGGAAAUGUUUUCUUCACUGGAGGUUACAACAUGGGCGAUGCUAUUAAAGAUCUUGCAGCAGAAGUUGGCUUUGAAUUUGAUGACGACAAAACUUCUGUUAUUGACCAUUUUAGUUAUGAUGCAAAUUUGGAUAAUGGCAACCACACUACAAUAAUCGUCCCAAACACUCAAUUGGUCAACGCUCCUUUAAUUACUGGCGUUGGUAAUUCAAAAUUGGGACCUCUUCUUUACAGAGGCGUUUCUCUAAUUGCUGAAGGUUCAAAUCCUUUGCGUUUUGUGAUUAUGACUGCGUCAUCUACUGCAUUUUCUUUCAACCCUAAAAAUCCUGUUGAAGAGACUCCUGGAGCCGUUGGAAAGUCCACAAUUUUAAUUGGCGCAAUGCAAGCUAGAAAUAAUGCUCGAGUUUUGGUCAGUGGUUCUAUCGAUUUCUUUUCCAAUGAAUUUUUCAAUGCGAAUGCACAAAAGGCUGGAACUACUGAAAAGGGAAAAAGCGGAAAUUCCGAACUGGCAAAAGCUUUAAGUAUGUGGGUACUCAAAGAAGAAGGAGUUUUGCGUAUUAAGACAGUUAAACACCAUGUAGUUGGACAAACAACACCUCCAACUGAAUACACAAUUAUGGACAAUGUGCACUAUGAAAUCAAUAUUGAGGAGUUAAAAUCAGGCAAAUGGCUUCCUUUCAAAGGGGAUGAUGUUCAACUUGAAUUUGUGCGUAUUGAUCCUUUUGUUAGAACUACUUUGAAGAACAAUAAUGGACGCCUUUCUACAACUUUUAAAGUGCCUGAUGUUUAUGGUGUUUUUAAAUUUUUGGUUGACUAUCAUCGUAUUGGCUACACACAUUUAUAUGAUGUUCAGCAGGUGUCGGUUCGUCCACUCAAACACACUCAAUAUGAAAGAUUCAGUCGUUGUGCUUAUCCUUAUUACGUUUCUGCUUUUUCAAUGAUGAUUGGGCUUAUACUCUUCAGUUUUGUUUUUCUCUAUUACAAAGAGCCGAAGGAUGCUAUUUCACAAACGACAACUACAAAAUCUGGUCAGGGACAAAAAGCAAAGACCUCUUAA